AUGGAUCCACUCGAUGAUUUACUCACCCAACUCGAAGGUGUAGAAGAAGAGGAAUUAAAACCAAUUACUGAGAAUAUAAACAAUGGGCCACGGGCAAUUGAUAUGCGAGAAGAAGCUCUCAAAGCUAUGGAGAAACCGGAGAAAUCGGCUGCGUCUUCCUCAAUGAGGGAGUUUGAAGAAGAAAACAGUGACGACGAUGAGCUAUAUGUAAAGAAGAGAGAACUUACGGAGCAAGGAAUACAGUUAGAGCGAUAUUUGAAAAAGAACAGUUCAACAAGUGGCCCAAAAUCAACAGAUGCAUUUAAAUCUAAUAAAAAAUCAAUGCUGACGGGUUUGACGAAACCAUCAACAGAAGCUGUGACAGUUGGAAUCGUCCGCUUCGAUAAAUUUCAAAUUUCAAUCCGAAAUCCCAAAAUCAGCUCAUCGAGUUUCGGAGCGUUUACAGCUGGCAUGAAACUGGAAAAGCUGUCUGACUUGAAACCAACUGCGAAUUUCAAAGAAGCAUGGUGCACAAUGGGAGUUAUUGUUGAGAAAGGUUUCAAAAAGAAAAGUGCGAAUGGAAACGAUUUCUUAAUUUGGAAACUACACGAUCUUAAGGAUUGUCAAACUCAACCUGUGAAGCUUCUAAUGUUCGGUGAUGCCAUCAAAGAUCAUUGGGAAAUUAAGCUCGGCUCUGUCAUUGCUUUAAUAUCUGCACAAAUUGCAGAUGACUCAUCAGCAUCUGGAGCGAAAAAGCCGGUAUCGGCAACAUUGAAAGUGUCGAAAUCAAACAAUAUUGUAGAAAUCGGACAAUCUGCUCAUUACGGAACUUGUAAAGGCAUCCGGCAGCAAGACGGUCAACGAUGUAGCAAUUUCGUUAACUCUUCACUCAGCGAAUUCUGCGUAUUCCACGUGAUGAGUGCUGCGAGAAAACUAUCCGCCAAACGAGGUGUUUUCAAUGCAGUUACAUGCGGUCCAAACGUUGGUGGUUUGUCAUUCAAUAAGAAAUCAGCUACAACUUCAAAGUCUCAAACACCUAUUCGACCUGGAAUGAUUUCAUCUGGACUAUCUAAUUCCAGUGGUUCUCCAUUACUUCGUGACACAAUGCGACCAGCUGAUAGUAAUACUUUGACAACACCAACUACAACAUUGAAACAAAUCACAAAAGAAGAAGAGAAGUCUUCAUUAAACGACAUUUUGAAUCAGAGAAAAAAUACAUUCGCUGCUCGUCAAAUUCUGAAGCUCAAAGAGAAAAAAGAUGAGAAAUGCAUUGAGAAUAUGGAAGAAAUGAUAGAGUUCAUGGCAACUGAUAAUUCGAACGAAAAGUAUAAACACUCAAGUUUCGGAGAGUUUCUCAAAGCAGAUACAGAAAAUGAGAAAUCAAAAGUUGUCGAUUUACGAUCUUCUUCUUCAACAACCACUACUUCAUCUCCAAAUGGAUCAAAACUUUGGACAAUGUCAAUGACUAAAAACAAUAAACCAGUUGGACAUAAAGAUGCUCAGGAGCAUGCUGCAAGACUACGUGCAAUCGCAAUUCUGAAAGCAAAACGAAAAGAAUCUGAAGAAGAAAAAAGUGGUGGAGUGAAGCGAAAAGCAGUUAGAACACCAGGUGAAAACUCACCAUCUGAUGCGAAAAGAUCGAAAAGCUCGAGUCAAUCAAAAAUGGAUGAAAUCAGAGCAUUAUUAGCAAGGAAGAGUACUCAUCACAAAGAAGCUGAAAAGGCGGAACAUGAUAUGCUUCAACGACAUUUGACUGGAAUGGAAGAACGUGAAAAAGUAGAAACAUUUACAUCGACUUGUAUGGAAGUCAAGAACGUUAAAGUUGUUACGUGCAAUCAGUGCAAAUACACAUCACAGUUUGCUUCAUCUGAAUGCAUGAAAAAAGAACAUAAACUAAUCAGACAUACAGCCGAUAAACGAUUCUUCAAAUGCACUGGAUGUAAGAAACGAACAGUUUGUUUUGAGAUGAUGCCUACUAAACAUUGCCCGCAUUGCAAUGAGAAUAAAUGGGAGAGAGUUGCAAUGAAAGACGAGCGAAAAGUUGUUUUGGAAACGGAGAAUUUAUUGGUUCGAGGUGAAGAACGUCCAUUUGUCAGUUCUUAA